ACCAGCCUGCCCACGUGCCUCCUGCCUGCUCCUGCCUGUCUUGAAUGUCUGGUUCUUCAAGCUCCUUGUGGGUCUGACAAAGCAGGGACCAUGUCUACCUUUGGCUACAGGAGAGGACUUAGUAAAUAUGAAUCCAUCGAUGAGGACGAACUCCUCGCCUCCCUGACAGCAGAGGAGCUGAAGGAGCUAGAGAGGGAACUGGAAGACAUUGAACCUGAUCGCAACCUUCCUGUGGGGCUAAGGCAGAAGAGUCUGACCGAGAAAACCCCUACGGGCACAUUCAGCAGAGAGGCACUGAUGGCCUAUUGGGAAAAGGAGUCCCAAAAACUCCUGGAGAAGGAGAGGCUGGGGGAGUGUGGAAAGGUAGAAGAAGACAAAGAGGAGAGUGAGGAAGAGCUUAUCUUUACUGAAAGUAACAGUGAGAUUUCUGAGGAGGUGGACACCGAAGAGGAGGAGCAGGAGGGAGAGGAGGAGGAGGAGGAGGGAGAGGAGGAGGAGGAGGAGAGGAGGACCGGAACUGCGAAGGGUAUCAACGGAACCGCAAACUACCACAGCGGGAAUUCUGACAACUCUAAGCCAAAGACGUUUACGAGUCAAAUAGAAAACAUACAUCUGACCGAGGGCAACAGUGGAAGGAACACAGAGUCACCCGCUGCCAUUCACCCUUGUGGGAAUCCUACGGUUAUCGAGGAUGCUUUGGAGAAGAUUGAACGCAAUGACCCGGCCACCACAGAGGUCAACGUGAACAACAUCGAGAACAUCACCACGCAGACCCUGAGCCGCUUCGCUGAAGCCCUCAAGGACAACACGGUGGUGAAGACGUUCAGCCUGGCCAACACGCACGCCGACGACGGCGCGGCCACCGCCAUCGCCGAGAUGCUCAGAGUCAACAAGCACAUCACCAGCAUCAACAUCGAGUCCAACUUCAUAACGGGCAGGGGGAUCCUGGCCAUCAUGAGGGCUCUGCAGCACAACACGGUGCUCACGGAGCUGCGCUUCCACAACCAGAGGCACAUCAUGGGUUCCCAGGUGGAGAUGGAGAUCGUCAAGCUGCUGAAGGACAACACCACGCUGCUGAGGCUGGGCUACCACUUUGAGCUCCCAGGACCAAGGAUGAGCAUGACAAGCAUCUUGACAAGAAAUAUGGAUAAACAGAGGCAGAAGCGGAUGCAGGAGCAGAAACAGCAAGAGGGAUACGAUGGAGGAUCCAAUCUCAGGACCAAAGUCUGGCAAAGAGGAACGCCUGGCUCUUCACCUCAUGCAUCCCCCAGGCACUCUCCCUGGUCCUCCCCCAAACUCCCCAAGAAAGUCCAGACUGGGAGGAGCCGUCCCUCAUCUCCUGUAGUAGCUCCACCUCCUCCCCCUCCUCCCCCUCCUCCUCCCCAGAGGCUGCCACCUCCUCCCCCUCCCCCUCCCCCUCCUCUCCCAGAGAAAAAGCUCAUCACCCGAAAUAUUGCAGAAGUCAUCAAACAACAGGAGAGCGCCCAACGGGCUCUGCAGAACGGACAGAAAAAGAAAAAAGGGAAAAAGGCUAAGAAACAGCCAAACAAUAUCCUAAAGGAAAUAAAAAAUUCUCUUAGGUCAGUGCAAGAGAAGAAAACAGAAGACAGUUCCCGACCUUCCACCCCACAGAGAUCAGCUCAUGAGGAUCUCAUGGAAGCAAUUCGGGGAAGCAGCAUGAGACAGCUAAGGCGGGUCGAAGUUCCUGAAGCUCUGCGAUAA